AUGUUGAUCCAAGUGUCGUUGCGGAACUACUCGAAGGCUGUUGGAUCCUCUCGACCGAAGGAUAUGGCAUCAGCUUUUCCACGAACGCUGGCCGUAUCGAUAUCGAAUUUGGCGGAUGAGCAGACUGAGCAAUCCUUUUCAUUCAAGGUCCUCUCCAAUGACAUCGGCAGAAACAUGGUACAUGGCGAAUUCGAGUCAAUGAAAGCCAUCUAUUCCCAGCUAUUAGACUUGGUACCAAAGCAAAUCGCCUGGGACACAUAUCAGAGCAACCCAGACACCCAACGCUUCCUGUGCGAAUAUCGAGAGAUGACAGAUGAUAUGCUUGAUUCCGAGAAGUUCUCAGCACAACUGGCCCUGCUGCACAAGAACAGCGAGUCUCCCACUGGCAAGUUCGGCUUUCAUAUCACGACCUACAGCGGCAACUUACCCAAUUGA